CAUUCCCUUUGUACCGUGUCUGUGUCUUCCUGCUGCCCUUCCUUACCAGUGACGGGCUCUUUCCAUCCAGCCGCUGUGGAGAAGCAGAGUCCUCUGGGCCAGUACAGCAUCUUGUGCUCUCCUCCUUUGCUCCUUGUUUCUCUGCGGGAGAGGGAAAAGGCUCCAGAUAUGGACUUGUCCUACAGAACCACCAUCUCCAUCUACAAGAGUAUCCUGGAGCAGUUCAACCCUGCGCUGGAGAACCUGGUGUACCUCGGGAACAACUACCUGCGUGCUUUCCACGCAUUAUCCAAAGCUGCUGAAGUGUAUUUUAAGGCGAUAGAGAAGAUUGGGGAGCAAGCGCUGCAGAGCUCCACCUCACACAUGCUGGGUGAAAUUCUGAUGCAGAUGUCUGACACACAGAGACUCCUGAGCUCUGAUUUGGAAGUUGUGGCUCAGACCUUCCAUGUGGACCUGCUGCAGCACAUGGAGAAGAACACUAAAAUGGACGUGCAGUUCAUCAGUGAGAGCCAGAAGCAGUAUGAGCUGGAGUACCAGCGCAGAGCCACCAACCUGGAUAAGUGCAUGGCAGAGCUGUGGAGAAUGGAGAGGGCCCGUGAUAAAAACGUCCGGGAGAUGAAGGAGAAUGUGAUGCGACUGUGCUCAGAGAUGCAGGUGUUUGUCUCUGAGAGCCAGAGGGAGGCUGAGCUGGAGGAGAAACGUCGCUACCGCUUCCUGGCUGAAAAGCAUCAGAUGCUCUACAAUACUCUCCUCCAGUUUUACAGCAGGGCUCGGGGCAUGAUCCAGACUAAGGCACCACAGUGGAAGGAGCAGCUGGAGGCCAGCCGCAACCCCUCGAAUAGCCACUCACAGGGUCUUCUCGCAGCCUCCCACAGUCAGGGGUAUCCAUCAGGCCGGCUCACCCCUACCCACCUCGAGAUGCCCCAGAGACCCCUUGAGGACUUUUCUUCUCCCAUAACUGGGAGUAGAUCCAGCGUCUUCUCUGCAGAGCCUCCAGAAAUGAGACUGUCUCCUCAACCAGAGCCCCCCAGGUGGCCAUUGCGGAGGACACCAUCAGCUAGUUUGCUCCCUACUGGCCGUACCUCCCGUUCAGGUUCCUUUGGUGAGGCCAGCAGCGGCAGCGAAGGCAGGAGGAGGAGCAGCACAGCGAGAGUGCAAGCUAUCGUGCCCCACACGACUGGUGUCAACCGGACCCUGCUACGGUUUGACCCCGGGGAUGUCAUCACGGUGCUGAUGCCAGAUGCGCAGAACGGCUGGCUGUAUGGCAAGCUGGAGGGCUCAUCCACAUGCGGCUGGUUCCCUGAAGCUUAUGUCAAGCCUCUGGAGGAUGCAAGAGAGAUGGAAGAGCCAACCACCAGGUCCUUCCCACUGCGAAGUAGUCACAGUAUGGAUGACAUCCUGGACCGUCCCAGCACUCCUUCCUCUAGCAAUUACUGGCCUGCUGCGGCCCAGCCCAGUUUGCCAAACCCACCUCCCCUCUCAGUGGGUGCCAGCAGUCACCAGACUGGGGUAGCCACGCCAGUCAGUUCUGGCUCCAAGAAAUCAGGAGUAUUUGACCGGCCCCCUGAACUCUUCCCACGAGGUACCAACCCCUUUGCCACAGUCAAGCUGCGUCCCACAGUCACCAAUGACCGCUCAGCACCCAUCAUCCGAUGAAGUGGGGCUGCAGACAGUGGAGAAUUUCAGCAGAGAAGGGGGAGGCAUAAAAGUGACAUGCUGUGACGCCCAGCUGGGCAGCAACCUUGUGCUACCACUCAUGAAGUGACCUCUCUUUUCCACUGCCUUACCUCCAGGACAUUGGGACCCAUCUCACCUGGCUGUCUGGCAUACUUAAGCCAGCAGCAGAUCCCUGCUGCUUUUUUUCUAUCACCCCCUGUCCCCCCUCCCCGUGUGAUGUUACCAUACUUGCAUGGGAGAUGUCUGGUGUCACUGGUGCUGGUGGCCAGGAGAGGGGAUGCUGCUGGUGUGGGAGGUGGAGGGACAGAUGGGUGAGAUCAUGGAGCACAUGGGGCAGAACUAGCAGGAUGGCAAAGGUGAAGCUUUGCUAGCCUGGCUGUGAGCAGAGAAGGACGUCUCGCCAAACAGUCCCUUUGGCAACCAUGUCUGUCUGUAGUCCCAUCUGCCCCUUCCUUUACCGGGCAGCCUGGGGCAAGGCAGGGGCAGGUGACAGUGCUGUCACUGCCCUGCUCUUUCCCCUGUUGUCCUGUGGAAAAGAUUUGUGGUUUGUUUGUUUUUUUAAUAAAAUGGAGAACACCACUUCUGUA